UAACAGCAUGAGGAUGACAAUGCCAGCGACGCUGCGGUAAUCGCAACAAACUACGCCAACCCCUCGCCGACUCCAUCUCGAAGAUCAAUCGAUAAAACGCAUCUCUUCCCUUCCCUUCGCUCCUCAAUUCCGGGGUUCCAUAGAGGAUCAGUGUCUCGAUUUGCCCCUUCUCUUCUGUUGCCUUUGAGGAAAUCCGAUGACGACGUGCUUCGAUCACUGGGAGAAAGAUCCCUUCUUCUCUUCCGCCGAGGAAGUUCAGGAAUCUGCCGAUAGGUUGGAAUCUGUCUAUAGAAGAUGGAUCCACGAAAGCAAGGACGCCCCGGUUUUGAACCGAUCCGGCGGUGACGAAGAUUCAUCUAAGGAGCUCCUCAGUGAGCUCCGGACUGCACUUGGCACCGCAAAAUGGCAGCUUGAGGAAUUCGCCAAGGCAGUAAGGUCGAAUGACAAGGCGUGUUCAGCUGGAGAUGGUACAAGAGCUCGGCAUGACCAGUUUGUCUCAGCAAUUGAGAACAAAAUAUCUGAGGUGGAGAUUUCGCUGUUGCAAUGUAAUCGGAACGAUAGGGAGACCAAAUUGACGUGGGUUCAAUUGGAUGAAGGAGAAUGGGAUGAGCUGGCCCUUUUCCUCUCGCCUCCUUCCUUACCAAAGCAAGAGAAUUUGGUGGCAGCUCCUGCAGAGAGCCAGUCAAACAUGAAUGUUGAGGGUGAACACAGAAAAUGUAUUCACAAUUUAGAUGAAAUCAGCCGAAUGGGAGGAAAUGAGAAGGUGCAAGGACAUCGGAGGAUUGUGAGUGCUAGUGGUGAUAUUGGAUCAUGGAAAAUUUCACUUUCUCCUGAGGAUGGUCCUUGUAGAUCUUCUGAAGAGAGUAUUGUUUUACCCCCUCACAAAGUACCCAGCUUGUCCUGUCUGAUGAAGGCUAUAGAAUCCACAUCAAAUGUUAAGUUGUCAAAAAAUGGUUUUAGGAAAUGGAAGGGCCACGAUCAUCAUCAACCAGAAGAGUUGAUUCCAUUAAGGAAUAACUCUCAGGACACCAAUGUUUGCUAUGAAAAAAGCAAGAGCUGGCUCAAUUGUUCUGGUGCUGAGGAUUACAAUAAGCAGUUUUAUGGAUGGUUGGGUGCUUUUAAUAGACAGCUCCAAAGGUCUCAAUACCAUAUCCAAUAUGGUCGGCUGACCCAAAUAUUUGUGUCUGCAAUUUUCGUUAUUUUGUUACUAGUCUUACUUGUAGUGCGGGCAAUCUAGAAGAGCAGGAAAAUUAUUUCUGAUAAUUUGUAGGUUACAUCCAAGGAUGUAUCGCAACUUGGUAAUUGUAAGCUAAUUUCCUCUUUUUAUGAAUACAUGAGCAUGAAAAAAACAGCUUCCAUCAAAACAUGUGGUCUUUUUCAAUGUAGAAACUUAUUUAUCCUAAAUCAUGUGUUCUAUUCGUUAACAUUUAGUUUAAA